GGUUGCGGAGCCUCUGGCGGCUGCGGGCCGGGCAGCUGGCGAGCAGGACGCUGCUGUGGAGCACCGGGGGAACAAGAAGCUCCAGGCCAGAGGGGAGUGAAAGAGGAAGCGGCUUUGUCUCCAGAUUCGGUGUAAAUCUGGCCCCGUUUUUGUGCACCUGAUGAGAACCUGCACGUCCCAGCGCUUAAUUUUCUCAUCUCCAAGGUGCCCUGCCGUUUGAGGCCUCGGUGUGCCCCCUCAGUUCGCUACAUUCUUCCAGGAGCAGCAGAAAAUGAUCACAUCCCAGGGAUCACUGUCAUUCAGGGAUGUGACUGUGGGCUUCACCCAGGAGGAGUGGCAGCACCUGGACCCUGCUCAGAGGACGCUGUACAGGGACGUGAUGCUGGAGAACUACAGCCACCUCAUCUCAGUAGGGUUUUGCAUCCCUAAACCAGAAGUGAUCCUCAAGUUGGAGCAAGGAGAGGAGCCAUGGAUAUUAGAGGAAGAGUCCCCAAGCCAGAGUGUCCCAGAAUUAAUUAAUAGCAGUAGAAACUAUUCAAGAAAGAAGUUUGAUGAAUUUAACAAAGGUAGAAAAUGGUUCCAUGAUGACAAGCAUGAAGGAAUUCACUCUGAAGAGAAACCUUAUGAAUAUAAUAAAAAUGGGAAUGGCCUCUGUCUUAAUGAAGACUCUGUUCAGCAUCAAAAAAUUCAAAUUUUGGAGCAACCUUUUGAAUACAGUGAAUGUAGGAAAGCUUUCCAUGAGAAUUCACUCUUUGUUAUACAUAAGAAUCCUUACACAGGACAGAACACCUGUGAAUACACUGAAUACAGAAAAACCUUCUGUGAUAUGUCAUCUCUCUUUGCUCAUCAGAAAACACAUCCAAAAGAGAAUCACUAUGAAUUUAAUGAAUGUGGAGAAAAUUUCUUUGAGGAAUCCAUUCUCUUUAAACAUAAUGUUCACCCUUUGAGCCAGAAGUCAGAUCUCAUUCCAAUUCAGAGAAGCCACUCAAUUGACAAUAUAAUUGAAUAUAAUGAAUGCAGAAACUUCAAUGAAAAAUUAGUCUUUGGCAUACAACAGAGCAUACAAACAGCAGAAAAACGCUAUGAAUGUCAUGAAUGUGGAAAAACCUUCAACAAGAAGUCAGCCCACACAAGACAUCAGAGAACCCACACUGGGGAAAAAUCCUGUGAAUGUCAUGAAUGUGGGAAAACUUUCUGCAAGAAUUCAGACCUCAUUAAACAUCAGAGAAUUCAUACAGGGGAGAAACCUUAUGAAUGUCAAGAAUGUGGGAAAUCCUUCAGUGAAAAGUCAACCCUCACCCAACAUCAUAGAACACACACAGGGGAGAAACCAUAUGAAUGUCAUGAAUGUGGAAAAUCCUUCUCAUUUAAGUCAGUCCUUACUGUACAUCAGAAAACACACACAGGGGAGAAGCCCUAUGAAUGCUAUGAAUGUGGGAAGGCCUUUCUCAGAAAAUCAGACCUCAUUAAACAUCAAAGAACUCACACAGGGGAAAAACCUUAUGAAUGUAAUGAAUGUAGGAAAUCCUUCUCUGAGAAGUCAACUCUCACUAAACAUUUGAGAACUCAUACAGGCGAGAAGCCCUAUGAAUGUACUGAAUGUGGAAAAUUUUUCUGCUACUACUCGGGUUUCACAGAACAUCAGAGGAGACAUACAGGAGAGAAACCUUUUGGAUGUAAUGAAUGUGGGAAAAACUUCCGUCAGAAAUCAGCCCUAAUUGUUCAUCAGAGAACUCACGUAAGACAGAAACCCUAUGAAUGUAAUGAAUGUGGAAAGUCAUUCUGUGUGAAGUCAAAGCUCACUGCACAUCAUAGAACACACACAGGGGAGAAACCCUAUGAAUGUAAUGUUUGCAGGAAAUCAUUCUAUGUGAAGUCAAAACUUACUGUACAUCAGAAAACACAUUUGGGAAGAAACCCUAUAAAUAUAAUAAGUGAGGGAAAUCACUCUGGGUGAAGUCAAGAGUUUAUAGAACAAAGAACACAAAGCAGGGAGAAAAACCUAUUAAGAUUUUGAGAACAUCUUUGGUCUAAAGUCAGUUCUCAUAAUACAGCAGAGAACUUACAGAAGGAAGAAAAUAAUAUGAUAUUCUGGACAUAGGAAAAUUUUCUACUGGAAUUUGGACCAUACAGUGUAUCAGAAAGCUCAGAGUACAGAAAACCUACUGGUGAAUGAAUACAGGGAACCUUCUGCCCAAAGCCACACUUCACUAAACAUCAGAGAAAUCACACAGGGUAGAAACCUCUAUCAGUAUUCACAGAGAAGACUUCAUCCACAGGCCAGAGAAAAUGUACAAACUAUAGGAAGUUAUAGGAAAGCAUUUACUAGGAGUUGGUGUUUUAUUGGACUUGUGUGAAAUGUUUGAAGUAGCAUUUCAGUGGACAUCAGAUAGUAAUUUAAGUGGGUAGAAGCUUUAAGUUAAACCUAAGCUUAUCAUACAUCAGCAAUUUUGAACUGAAGUGUCUAGCAUUUAGGAAAUGUGGAGAACGUUUGCAUUUAGACAUAGCAUUUAUACAAUUUGGCCUAUUGCUGGGUGUGCUAUUCCUUCCAAUUUAAGGUACUGGACAUCAACUGGAACCAGGGGUUGUAAGCAACUCACAUGUUUAUUGCUCAGGCAUAUGGAAAACAAGGGAAGAUUUUUAGCAAGAGGACCCACCUGCAAGAAGAUUUUCUGAUGUCCAGGUAGAGAGAGAGAGAUAUCCUGGUCUUGGUGAUAUGCAUAUGACAGCAGCUUGCCAGCAGGAUUUCUGAUUAAUUGUGAGGCUGACUAAUUUUGAGUGGCCUGUCCUGAAAUGGUGGAUCAAAGGGGCAAUGUAGGUUCCUUGAAUGCAGCUACCUGGUGUAGUGGAAGUGGUAUGAAAUAUAGGUAGUUUCUGCCUUACCAGUGUUUUAACAGUUUGGCCAGAUGCCAUCCUGCUGUGAAGUGUGACCUACUGCAACCAACUUUAUUUAUCCACGUACUUAACAUGUUUCGUAUGUGAUACAAUGAUUUUUUAAGAAGCAGAACAUUCAUGUACAAACAUAUACACUGUUAAGUAUGGAGCUUUAAAAAGCACAAAUAGAUUUUACUACUGAGUAAGAUACAGUAGUUUGCAGCAGACCAGUGCACUCACUAAGAACAACUAGAAAAGCAGUUCACAAAAAGCAUCUAUUUACUUGCAACCUAUUGUUGCAGAAGCAAAGAGGGCUAGAAUGGUAAAAUUCAGGAGAGGAGUGAAUGACAGAAAGUAUAUGGGAAAAUAUAGCUGUUUUUCCUGGGAGCACCUGCUAAUUCUGGCUACAGGGAGGAACCUGAAUAUUGAGCUUGGCUCAGGCAGAGGGCUAUAGCUUGGUGGGGCAAGGGGGGUUAGGGUGCAGGGAGACCAGAAACCAGGGAAAGGUGAACUUUGCCAGUCAAUGCUGGAGUGAAAAAUUCUGAAACAUGAGAGGCUUCAAACACACAGCCAGUUUCUCAAAAUCUUGAGAAUACUGACACAGGGCAGGAACUUGAAAAUCUAAGCUCAAAAACACAAGUAGAUUUUCUUUUUCAGUACUGAGAAAAAAAUGAAUAGAAUUCAGGAACUGCCAGUAGGAUGGGCCCCUGGCAAACACAGCAUGCUAUCAAUAAAAGCACAAGGUCAUACCAGAGGUAGAUUGUACCUUACCAAAACUGCAAACAAUCUGAGUCAUAUUUAAAAAUCUACCCAGAAAGAAAACUCAUAGGAACAGAUGGCUUCACUGCAGUUAUUCUAAAUAUUAAAAGAAGACAUAAUACCAAACUUUUAUAAACUUUUCCAGAGAUAGAAAGAUAGGAAUUUUCCUGUUCACUUUAUGAGGCCAGUACAACUUUGAUACCAAAACCUUUAAGACAUUUCAGGAAAGUAAGGUUAUAGACCACUAUCUUAUGAAUUUAGAUACAAAAUCCUAAAAUUAAAAAAAUUCCAGCCAUAUCAAAGGACAAUAUAUCUUGACUAAAUGAUGUUUACUAGAGGAAUCAAAGGACAGAUUUAGUAUUUCAAAUUCAAUCCAUUUGGCCUUCUACUCCUCUCUGAUUCUCCUUUCUCCCUUGCACUUUGUAAAUUUCUCUUCUGCCUUCCCUUCCUAGAGUUGAAAAGGCAGAAUAGGUCUGCCGUGAGGGAUGAGAAAGGUGUGGUGGUGAUGUGCCAACCUGCAUCAAGAGUGCUGGGGGCAAGUGGAAGAGAUGGUUAGCAUGGCUGAGAUACUGGUAACACUGAGCAGAUAAGUAAAUGUAUUGAAGAUGAUGAGAGCCAGGUUUCUCACUGUUGGAAAAGGUAUCUAUAAAAAUGGAAAGGGGGGAAGCUAGAAAACCACCUGGAGUGUUGGACUGGAAUGAUACUCAUUUUAAAUACACAGAAAUAAUUAUAGUAGUCGUUGUGUGUGUGUUUGUGUGUAUUUUAUGGAUCUGUCUACUGACACCUCAGUAGCACUGAGCACACCAAUUACCAGGUUAUUAAUUACUAAAUACUAUCCUCCCACCAAAAAUUGAGCAGGUCUCUGGAGUGAUAGCUUAUUCCAAGUCAGAGAUGGGGAGAAAUAUCUAUCAGACAAUAAGAAAAUGUUCUAAGAAUUAUGGAAACAUGUCAAAAGAACAAAAGAACUACUUUGGACAGGUUCCAGUGGCCAAAUUUGAGACAGUUUGAACAUCAAAACAAAUAACAAUAGAAUCAUAGUAUAAGUGACUUAAAAAUGGGAAUCCAAUAAUUUGUACAGAUAUAAAUAAGUGAAUAAAUACAUAGAGGAGGGAAAGCUCUCUUUAUAAGCCAACUAAUAAAUGUAGGAGGAAUAAUGGCAACAGAAAAAACACUAUUUGGCAACCAUCAUACUGGUAGUUGAUUCAGUAAGUAGUUGCCAACAUAGGCUAGAGUUUGUGGGUAGAAGUUUAAUGAAGAACAGGUAUUGGCAUUAUCUCCAAAUAUUUCGCCACAAAAUACUAAUCAACUAAAAGGUGAAAAUGGUGAUUUUUAUGAUAAACCUGGCAGACACCAACAUAAUCAAGUGAUCAAAGUUCACUUCACCAAUGGUAGGACAGGUCAACGUAAUGUACCCCCUGGUGAGAUGCUCUGAGAAGAGCCAACACAUUUGUGCUGUAUUCUUACCAAGAAAGCAUAGCCAGAGUAUGCUAAUGCAGAGAUACCAGAUGAACCCGCUUGAAAGGUUAUAUUAUAGAAUGUAAAGCCUGUAUUUAAAUUGUCAAGGACAUAAAAGGAAAAGACUGGGAGACUGUUCCAGGUUGGAGUAGACUGAAGAUGUUUUAAAAUAAAAACAAAAAGGAAAAAUAGAAUAGUUGGGACAAUAAAGAGUGUGUAAAUUGGAUGGUAGUGUUUACUUCCAGACUUGGGUCCAUAGGUAAGUAAGUGUUCAGGAAAAUACACAAGUACAUAGGGGAAACGAAGUCUCGUGUCUGCAGGUUAUUUUCAAAAGCUUUAGAAAAAGAGUAAUGAGUGUGUGUGUGUAGAGACAGAGAUCAAGUAUGUGGGGACAGAUGGAGAAAAUGCAGUGCACAGGGGGAAAUCGGAAUGAGUUUUUUCUACUAGUGACUUUAGUAAGUUUGAAAUCAUAUCCAAGCAAAUACUUACUUAAAAGUUUAAGUCAAUUGAUGUAGCCUACCACAUUAGAAAAAAAUAAGUUAAACCAUAUUAGUGUCUCAGUAGAUGUAGAAAACAUUUGAUAGAACUUUACACAUAUUCAUGAUUUAAAAACUACACUAGAAAUAGAAGGAAACCAUUAAAAACAAACAAAAAGCUAACAUACAACAAACAUCAAACUAAGUAGAUGAAUACUGGAAUGUUUCUUCCUGAUAUUAAUAAUGAGACAAGGACCUCCCUGGUGGCGCAGUGGUUAAGAAUCCACCUGCCAGUGCAGGGGACAUGGGUUCGAACCCUGGUCCAGGAAGAUUCCCACAUGCCACAGAGCAACUAAGCCUGCGUGCCACAACUACUGAAGCCCGCACGCCUAGAGCCCGUGCUCCGCAACAAGAGAAGCCACCGCAAUGAGAAGCCUGCGCAUCAUAACAAAGAGUAGCCCCCACUUGCCACAACUAGAGAAAGCCCACGUGCAGCAAUGAAGACCCAACACAGCCAAAAAUAAAUAAAUUUAAAAAAAUAAUAAUGAGACAAGAAUGCUUGUUACUACCACCACUACUGUCUAACACUGGACUGAAGGUUUUAGCUAGGUCAGGUCAGUAAGGCCAAAUAAAAAUAAAAAUAAGACAUAAAAACUGGGAAGACUGAAGUAAAACUCAUUAUUUGCAGGUAAUACCAUUGUUUACAUUUAAAACUCUGUGGAAAAAUUAUUAGAAAUAUGUGAAUUUAGCAAACUGGCUAUAUAAAAAUUAUAUUUUUAUGUAUAAACAACCAAUAGAAAAGUGAUGCCAGGAGAAUUGCAUCCUUCCUGGAUAGGGUGGCAAAGACCAGAUUUAGUCUCCUGCCUGACAUAAUUGGGGAAAGGGGAAACAGAAAAAUAAAGGAAAUAAUUAUGUUCAAGUCACUGGACAUACAACAGCCCUAAAACAGUUCCAGAAAUCCAGAAAGUGCAUCACAAAAUUAGAAGUUCAAAGACAAAAACAAAUGAAAGGGUGUUAAGAAUGACUUGUGGGGAGAAGAUGGCAGAGUAGAAAGAAGUGAACUCACUCCUUACGGAACCAUCAAAAUCACAAAGAACUGCUGAACAACCACUGACCAAAAAAAUGCUGGAACCUACCAAAAAAGAUACCCUACAUCCAAAGACAAAGAAGCAACAAAGAGACAGUAGGAGGGGCACAAUCACAAUAAAAUCAAAUCUCAUAUAUGCCGGGUGGGCGACUCACAAACUCGAAAACAGUUAUACCACAGUCCUCCCACAGGAGUGAAAGUUCUGAGCUCCCAGCCUGGGGGUCUGGCAACAGGAGGAGGAGCCCCCAGAGAGUCUGGCUUUGAAGGCCAGUGGGGUUUGAUCACAGGAAUUUCGCAGGACUGGGGUAAACAGAAACUCCACUCUUAGAGGACGCACAAAGGGUCUUGUGUGUACCAGGACCCAGGGAAAAAAGUGGUGACCUCAUAAGACACUGGGCUAGACUUACCUGCUAGUGUUGGAGGGUCUCCUGCGGAGGCGGAGUUGGCUGUGGCUCACUGCGGGGACAAGGACACUGGUGGCAGCAGUUCUGGCAAAUACUCACUGGCCUAAGCCCUCUUGGAGGCUGACAUUUUCUCACCAAGACCUGGCCCCACCCAACAGCCUACAGGCUCAGUGCUGGGACACCUCAGACCAAACAACCAACAGGGCAGGAACACAGCCCCACCUAACAGCAGACUGGCUGCUUAAAGUCCUCCUGAAUAAACUGCUGCCUGAUAGACAGCCCGACAUGGCCCUGCCUACCAGAAUGACAAGACCCAGUUCCACCCACCAGUGCGCAGUUACCAGUCCUUCCCACCAGGAAGCCUGCAUAAGUCUCUUAGCCAGCCUCAUCCACCAGGGAGCAGGUAGCAGAAGCCAGAAGGAACUACAACCCUGCAGCCUGCAGAAUGGAAACUGCAAUCACAGAAAAUUAGACAAAAUGAGACAGCGGAGGAAUACGUCCCAGAUGAAGGAACAAGAUAAAACCCCAGAACACCACCUAAGUGAAGCGGAGAUAGGCAAUCUACCUGAAAAAGAAUUCAGAGUAAUGAUAGUAAAGAUGAUCCAAGAUCGUGGGGAAAAAAAUGGAGACACAGAUGGAGAGAAUACAAGAAAUGUUUAACAAAAACCUAGAAGAACUAAAGAACAUACAAACAGAUGAACAAUACAAUAACUGAAAUGAAAAAUACACUAGAAGGAAUCAAUAGAAUAAUUGAGGCAGAAGAAUGGAUAAGUGAGCUGGAAGACAGAAUGGUGGAAAUCACUACCAUGGAACAGAAUAAAGAAAAAAGAAUGAAAAGAAAUGAGGACAGUCUAAGAGACCUCUGGGACAACAUUAAACACACAAACAUUUGCAUUAUAGGGGUCCCAGAAGGAGAAGAGUAAGAGAAAGGACCUGAGAAAAUACAUGAAGAGAUAAUAGCUGAAAACUUCCCUACCAUGGGAAAGAAAAUAGUCACCCAAGUCCAGGAAGGGCAGAGAGUCCCGGGCAGGAUAAACCCAAGGAGAAACACGCCAAGACACAUAGUAAUCAAAUUGACAAAAAUUAAAGAUAAAGAAAAAAUAUUAAAAGCAACAAGGGAAAGGCAACAGAUAACGUACAAGGAAACUCCCAUAAGGUUAUAAGCUGAUUUCUCAGCAAAAACUCUGCAGGCCAGAAGGGAGUGGCACAAUGUAUUUAAAGUUAUGAAAGGGAAAAACCUACAACCAAGAACGCACAGCAAGGUUCUCAUUCAGAUUCAACAGAGAAAUCAAAAGCUUUUCUGACAAGCAGAAGCUAUGAGAAUUCAGCACCACCAGACCAGCUUUGCAACAAAUGUUAAAGGAACUUCUCUAGGUGGGAAAGAAAAGACCACAACUAGAAACAAGAAAAUUAUGAAUGGAAGAGCUCACCAGUAAAGGCAAACAUACAGUAAACAUAGGAAAUUAUCUGCACACAAAUAUGAUAUCAAAACCAGCAAUUGUGCGGAAAGCACAAGUGCAGGAUAUUGGAAAUGCAUUUGAAGUUAAAGAUCAGCAACUUAAUACAAUCUUAUUUUUUUACAUAGACUGCUAUCUCAAAACCUCAUGGUAACUGCAACCGAAAAUCUACAAUAGAUACACACACAAAAAAGAAAAAGGAAUCCAAACACAACACUAAAGUUAGUCGUCAGAUCACAAGAGAAAAAAAGGAAGGUAAGAAAAAACACCUACAAAAACAAAUCCAGGGCUUCCCUGGUGGCGCAGUGGUUGAGAAUCUGCCUGCCAAUGCAGGGGACACGGGUUUGAGCCCUGGUCUGGGAAGAUCCCACAUGCCGCGGAGCAACUAGGCCCGUGAGCCACAAAUACUGAGCCUGCGCAUCUGGAGCCUGUGCUCCGCAACAAGAGAGGCCGCAAUAGUGAGAGGCCUGCGCACCGUGAUGAAGAGUGGUCCCUGCUUGCCGCAACCAGAGAAAGCCCUCGCACAGAAACGAAGACCCAACACAGCCAAAAAUAAAUAAAGAAAAAAAAAAGUUCUUAAAAAACAAAACAAAUCCAAAACAGUUAACAAAAAUAAAUGAAAGGGGGCUUCCCUGGUGGCACAGUGGUUGAGAAUCUGCCUGCCAAUGCAGGGGACACGGGUUCGAGCCCUGGUCUGGGAAGAUCCCACAUGCCGCGGAGCAACUGGGCCCGUGAGCCAACUACUGAGCCUGUGCGUCUGGAGCCUGUGCUCCGCAACAAGAGAGGCUGCGAUAGAGGCCCGCACACCGCGAUGAAGAGUGGCCCCACUUGCCGCAACUAGAGAAAGCCCUCGCACAGAAACGAAGACCCAACACAGCCAAAAAUAAAUAAGUAAAUAAAGGAGUUCCUUUAAAAAAAAUAAAAAUAAAAAUAAAUGAAAGGAUUUACUUAGUGUUGAUGACUGAAGACUGAUUUCUCCCUAAACUGAAUGAAUGAUUCAGUGCAACCCUAACUGCCAUCCAACAGCAGGUUUUGUUGUUGGAAAUUAUGAAUUUAAAAUGUAUUUGCAGAUGCAGUGACCAACAAUAGCUGACACAGUCUGAAAAUAGCAAAAUAAAGCUGCAGGACUCAGAUUGCUACAUAACUAGACUGUUACAGGCAGACCUCAGAGUUAUUGGCUUGGUUCCGGACCACAGCAAUAAAGUAAAUAUUGUAAUAAA